CCCUCAAUUUCAGAGUUUAUAAAGUUAAGUCAAAAGUAACCACCGGGACUAGUAUUCUCCUGAAAUGCAGUUUUAGUGUAGUUGGUAACCGUAAGUACACGAAAUGUCCCUUUCGCGAAAAUUAUUGGUGCCUAAAAAGGCCCUAACUCUGGCCCAAAGGGCCUACUCCACCGACCGCCCCUACUCAACGGCAAUCAUGCUGGACGACAUUGUAAUCCCCGAGCAUGUGGAAAGGGCUGAAACAAUCCCAAAACCCUACAGCGCGAUCCCCGGCCCUAAAGAACUCCCCUUAAUUGGCAACGCCUGGCGUUUCGCGCCUAUCAUAGGCCAGUACAAAAUCCAGGAAUUGGAUAAAGUGAUGUGGUCCCUAAAUCGGGACUACGGCAGGAUUGUCAAAGUUGGCGGGUUGAUAGGCCACCCUGAUCUUUUAUUUGUGUUCAACGGAGAUGAUAUUGAGAAGGUGUUCAGGAUGGAGGAGACUAUGCCCCACAGGCCCUCCAUGCCCUCGCUGCACUACUACAAACAAAUUUUGAAAAAGGAUUUUUUUGAUGGCAACGCCGGAGUGAUCGGGGUACAUGGCCCCAAAUGGGAGGAGUUCCGGAGGAAGGUCCAACACGCGCUGCUUCCGCCCCACAUUGCGAAAAAGUACAUCGAGCCGUUGGACGUAAUUGCCGGCGAUUUUCUUCACAGGAUGGAGGACUCGUUGGACGAGAACCAGGAGCUCCCCAACCACUUCUUGUCGGAAAUUUACAAAUGGGCGUUGGAAUCUGUGGCAAGAGUCUCUUUGGACACUAGACUUGGGUGUCUGGAGCCGAACCUGUCCCAAAAUUCCGAAUCCCAGCGAAUUAUCAAUUCCAUAAACACCUUCUUCUGGAACGUGGCAGAAGUAGAAUUGAAGAUGCCCGUUUGGCGGGUUUACAAAAACAGAAGUUUCAAAAAAUACAUCGGUGCUUUAGAAGACUUCCGGACAUUGUGUUUGAAACACAUUCAAAAGUCGAUGGAAAAAAUGCAAGAGAAGAAUUUUGAUGAAAUCAAAGAGGAAAAUAUCUCGAUUGUGGAAAGGAUAUUGUUGAAGACGGACAACCCGAAGUUGGCAGCGGUCUUAGCUUUGGAUUUAUUACUAGUGGGGGUUGAUACAACUUCAAUCGCUGCAGCGUCCACAAUAUACCAAUUAUCCCAAAACCCCGACAAACAACAGAAGCUAUUUGACGAACUGCAAGGAAUUUUACCCGAAAAUGACUCAAAAGUUGACGCUUCAAUUCAAGACAAAAUGCCUUAUCUUAAAGCUUGCAUUAAGGAAACCCUAAGAAUGUACCCUGUCAUAAUCGGGAAUGGGCGAAGCUUGCAGACUGACACAGUCAUCGCUGGAUACAAAGUACCAAAAGGGACUCAUGUGAUUUUCCCGCAUUUGGUUGUAAGCAACAGCGAGGACUAUUUCCACGAACCCCACCGUUUUCUCCCGGAAAGAUGGUUAAAGACUGAAAAUGCCUGUCCCAUGAGCAAGAAAAUUCACCCUUUUGUGACUCUUCCCUUUGGUUAUGGGCGAAGAUCUUGUCUAGGGAGGAGGUUUGCGGAAGCGGAGUUACAAAUUUUGUUAGCAAAGAUUUUCAGAAAAUAUAAAGUGGAAUACAACUAUGGGCCUCUCUCUUAUAAAAUAACGCCUACGUAUGUACCUGAACAACCGCUAAAGUUUAAACUAGUGAAACGUGAAUAAAUGCCUAAUUAUUGUUUUAUUGUUAAAGUAUUAUUAGUGUUGUGAUGUUUUUAUAGGAUUAAUAAAUCUCAAUCUAACCAUAAA